AGAUGGCGCAGUAAAUAAAGGCUUAGCGGGCCCAAAUCUGGCAACUACGUACCUACAGCCAGACCUAAUGUGGGACAGCAGUGUAGGUAACUGUACCCGAGGUAAGAGUGACAAGUGGGCUUUGGGCGUGUCCAAGCGGAAAUUAAGGCAGCGCACACGGCACGAUAAAAGCCCCACCAACCGCUUUCCUAAUAGCUUGCUAAACAGCUACAAUGCUCCCCGUGACAUCCGCUGUACUCAGAAGUUCCCGUGUGCUCCAGAGCGCUAGACUACUGCACAUUACUCCGACAUCCAAAAUGCCGAUUCAGGUGGGUGAACAUAUUCCUGCAGUGGAGGUCCAGGAGGGGGAGCCAGGGAAUAAGGUGGCUAUGGAUCAACUGUUUAAGGGGAAGAAAGGAGUCCUCUUCGCUGUACCUGGAGCAUUUACACCUGGCUGUUCCAAAACUCACCUCCCAGGUUUUGUGGAGCAGGCUGCAGAACUGAAGAAUAAAGGUAUACAGGAAAUAGCAUGUAUCUCUGUCAACGAUGCGUUUGUCAUGGCUGCAUGGGGAAAAGAGCAUGGAGCUGAUGGAAAGGUGCGGAUGCUGGCUGAUCCCACUGGAGCAUUCACAAAGGCAGUUGACCUGUUACUUGACAGUGAUCAAAUCGUGCAGGUACUUGGGAAUAAGCGAUCCAAGAGAUAUUCUAUGUUGGUGGAAGACGGAGUUGUAAAGAAGCUCAAUGUGGAGCCAGAUGGCACCGGGCUGACCUGCAGCCUGGCUUCCAGCAUUUUGUCAGCUGAAUAAAAGAAGCCGCACACCCCGAGCUACUGUGAAAGUUGCAGUUAUAAACCUACUUAAGCUUUCGCCUCCUCAACCCAAAGACUGAUGCAAAUGCCAUGCUGGUGUCAGAAGCUGAGUUAGAAGAUGAUUAAUGCGCACAACCAUGACAUGAAAGCCAAUCCUAAGGACGGUGCAUCAGUCUGUGUAUACUGUUACUCCCUAGUUAAUAAAAUGCACACUGAAAGCAAUAUA